UGUUUAUUUUUUAAUAUCGUCAUAGUUCUUAAUUAUUAUUUAAUAACUUUACUUAACAUGAAUAAACGUAGCAGAAAAUUUAAUUUAUACCUACAAUGAAAUCUUACGACCACCAGUGCGUAGACUGAGUAUUAUACGUAUUGUACUGUACAAGCAAAUUUAAUUAUUGUCCAUAAUGGAAAAUUUGUACUCCAUAUCAAUGCAUAUAAAUUAAAGUAAACAAACUAAAAAUAAUAUUAAUUCCAAUCAACAUAUAAUUGUUUCUGCUUGCUUGCAGCUGUUAAGUAUUAAAAACUUAGCAUUGUUUAUAUUCCAUCUUUGCAAGGCCAUUUAACCGGUCACCGUCAACCUACACUACCAUAUGUAUGCGAUAUGAUAAUUUGUGUUGACUGUUGAGUACAAAGCCUAUUCAGUAUUCAACUUUCGUAAGACUGCGAGCUACGGCCGUUACUAGCACGGAAUCGAGCACAAGACGGACCCGACUUCGAAACAAAUUUAAUUGUUAUUUGGACUCAGAUGUGUGGAGGUGUGUCGUUAUUAGACUCGUGUUUUUUUUAAUAAACCAGUUCACACAAGAGAAAGUUUGAAAUAAACGUCUGAAAUUUUAUUUUAAAAAUAUUAAAAAACGUAGUGCCUUAUGGCUUCAACAUUAAGACGUGCUUUAAGCCUAGUAAUAAAAAAACGAAAUGUGUAUAAAACGUCUUUUUUACAAAACAGCACAGAUUCAAAAAUAUUAACAUCAGUUUUUAAGGAUUUAGAAGAUUCAAAUCUUACAAUUAAUGAAUUUGUGUGGCAAAACUUGGACAGAUGGCCAGACAAAACUUUUACAGUGUGUGCCACCACAGGCCAUGGAUAUACAUACGCACAAACACAUCGUAUGUCGAUAAACUUUGCUGCGUCGCUCCGGACGAAAUUGCAGUUGAAGAAUGACGAUACAGUCGCCAUAAUAUUACCGAAUGUUCCAGAAUAUCCAUGUAUUUCACUGGGAAUAUUGGAAGCUGGGUGUAUAAUCAGUAUGAUGAAUCCUGCGUAUAGUGCUCAUGACUUACAACGCCAGCUGGAAAUGAUAAAAUGCAAAGCGAUAGUAUCAUCAAAGCUAUCAUAUCCGAACAUUGCAGAGGCUCUGAACUCUAUGAAGAAGAAACUACCUGUUAUACUAAUAGACAAUGAUGAGCUACCAGAGACAACAAUAAGAUUCUCAGAGUUCGCAAAUGACUUGAAUGUGGAUGUGGACUGUUUGAAGGCCGUGAAACGGAGUGCAAAAGAUGUCGCCAUAAUGCCUUUCUCGAGCGGUACAACCGGUUUCCCGAAAGCCGUUGUUUGCACCCACAAAUCCGUUGUGGCCUUUAACGCCGCCAUUCUAGAUCCGAAUGUUGUUUCUGUGGAGGAGGCUUCAGCGAAUUAUCAAUCAGUGAUGCCGGGAGUUCUGCCAUUUUUCCACAUAUUUGGCUUCAACGUCCUUAUGAUGAACUUGAUGUGUGUGGGUGUUAAACUGGUAACAAUAAGUCAGUUCAAGCCUGAAGUGUUUCUGGAGACCCUGGUCCGUCAUAGAACUCAACAUAUGUACGCUGUUCCACCUAUGAUAAUAUUUCUGGCAAAACAUCCGGCAGUGACGCCCGCGCAUCUUCAAUCGCUUAAAGGUAUCGUGUGUGGAGCGGCUUCUUUAGCCAAAAGCGACGUUGAAGCUCUGCUAAAGAAAAACAGGAACAUCAGAUUCCGUCAAGGCUUCGGUCUGACUGAGACCAACGGUGGCAUAGCAAUUGGACGCAAUGAUGACACGAAUUAUGCCUCUGUUGGACAUGUGGUUGGGAGCUGCCAGAUUAAAAUAUCUGAUCUCAAAACCCAGGAGGUGCUUGGGUCGGGACAGGAAGGUGAGAUUUUGGUCCGUGGCCCGGUGCUCAUGAGCGGGUAUUAUGAGAACGAAGAAGCCAAUAAGGAAGUGUUCACAUCAGAUGGCUGGUUCAAAACCGGUGAUAUCGGCAAAUACGAUGAGGAUAAGUACUUGUAUAUCACUGACCGGCUUAAAGAACUUAUUAAGGUGAAAGGAUUCCAAGUCCCUCCAGCGGAGUUGGAGACCAUUCUCCGUACUCACCCUAAAGUCCUCGACUGCGCUGUCGUAGGUAUUAAGGACUCGUUAAGCGGCGAGGCGCCCAAGGCCUUCGUAGUGCCACAAGCCAAACAGAGCAUUGACCCGAAGGAAUUGUUAGAAUACGUGAACAAACAAGUGGUGGCGUUUAAAAAAAUUAAAGAGGUUCAAUUUGUGACUGAAAUACCUAAAAACCCUGCUGGUAAGGUUUUAAGACGCGUUAUCAAGGAAAAGUAUUGUUAGUAAAUAUUCUACAAAGUUUACUAUGGGUUUUUUCCCGAGACUUUCCCUGGGAUUUACGAUAUGGAAUCUCAGCUGAUGUUAAGUGACUCACCCAUAGACACUCAAUGCGUUGCCGCCAUUUUAAGAAUUGACUCUUGAAGGACUCUCAGUCAAGUCAAAGUUAAAAUCAUUUAUUCAUA